AUGCCAUGGCGCAAGGCCCUUUGUCUGCUCUGGCUGCCGUUCGUGCGUCCGCAAAACGCGCCGAACUUGACAGAGAUCUGUCAAUAUCCGCGGCCGUGCUCCAGCUUCCUGGGUGACAACAGCCUGUGUGUGAAUUUGGAGUACGUCCGGGUUUAUGACUUCACUGCCGGUGAGGACCUGUGCGCCCUUGUGACGCCCGCCCAUGGGUUCAACCGCGACUUCAUUAUCUCAUCAGGCCUUGCGAACUCGAGCCGCUGCAUCUUCGAUUGGAAAGGUGAUGGGAGAUGCGACUUGUCGAACAACCACGACUCCGAGAAUUGCCAGUUUGAUGGAGGAGACUGCUGCCUGUCCACGUGCCAGACCAACUGUGCCAGAGAGCCAGACUUGUAUGAGCGGCCCCCAGCCAUUCGUGAAGGUAACGAGUGUGAGUACUUUUGCGGGGAGGAGGCCCUCUACUGGUGCUUGGAUGAUGAGGCUGUCCUGUCCCCGGUGAGGCAGUGGUGCGCCUUUGGGCAGAUCAAGUCCACGUCGCGGUGCUACCUCUCCAAGCUGGAAGUGGCGGGAGCCUUGCAACAGUGCAUCCUCGACGACCGCGUGCAUGGGAAUUCCAUCAAUGCGGGCCCACAGUGUGGCAACCAGACGCUUACCUGCACCCUCCAAGAUGUAGAGGCCAAGAACGGCUGCCACCUCACGAAGGACGACUGCUUCACGCGCAUGUGUUGCACCGAAGCGAUCGACAAUGGUUUCAUCGCUGCAAACCCCGAGACGGAAGCGCUUCCAUCUCUCACUGCAAUCUACGACGUGUGUGAAACAAGCUCAACUGACAAUGACGAGCCAUGCUUUCCGUACAUGAUGAAGUGCCUCCAGGAAGCACGCGCCGCCAAAGGCGGCUGCUGCUCCUGCGAUACGGGCUGGGGUGGCUGGCGCUGCCGUGACCCGCUCUGCUGGCCGCGUUGUGUUCACGGGACGUGUGUGGCCCCAGAUCUUUGCCACUGCGAAGCAGGUUGGAAAGGAGAGGCAUGCCAGCAUGCCAUCUGCAACCCCGAGUGUGUGCCGGGCCAGGGCACCUGCGUCCUGCCAGACGUUUGCGAGUGCUUCUACGGCUGGGGAGGCACCUCCUGCGAGGUCCCGGUGUCCGAGCCGGCCUGCGUCAAUGGCGACGCGGUGUCGCCUGACGUGUGUCGAUGCGCUGAGGGCUGGGGAGGGCGGCUAUGUGACUAUCCGCUGUGCCAAAGCUGGCCCAUCCCUUCGCCUGAGUGCGUUCAUGGCACGUGCAUGAAGCCCUUUGAGUGUGAAUGUGAGCCUGGAUGGAAGCCAUACCUUCCCAUCAACCAGUCGGGCUUCGACAUCAUCCCUUUCUGGUCGCGUGGACAGGAUGUCUCGCAGGAGACAGCGGGUACCUAUGUAAAGGCCGACUCGCGCAUCUCCUUCCUUUCCUUCUGGGAUCGCCAGUACAACUCCUCCAAUGCAGCGCAGUGCACAGUGCCAGAGUGCUCAGUGAUCAUUGAUCCCCGGUGCAUCGAGUGUGAGCCACCACCGAAUGGCAGGUGCUUGAAUUGUGAGCCCGGAUUCUUCGUGGACACCGCGAUCGACCGUUGUGAGCGCUGCUCCAACGUCUUCCCACACUGCCAGAUCUGCGGGCCAGAGCCAACAGGGCCUGAUGGCAAAGUCGUCCUGCGCUGUACGCGAUGUGACCCGCUCUUUGUUCUGGAGCCGGUGCCUUUCGGCGAGGACCCAACGGCUCGGUGUGUGUCCGAUGGCCCCAUCGAAUUCAGCUCCCCGGUCUACCACGUCUACAAGGACCAGGGAAACGUGACGCUGGUGGUGCAGCGCAGUAUCUAUGCGCUGCGCCCGGAGUUUGCGAAGCCCAUCACCGUGCUGGUGCGCACGCGCGAUGGCACGGCCAAGAGCAGCAGCCUCAUGUACGGCGGUGAGUUUGCCAGCUACGAGGCCACCGUGGCGAACAUCACCUUCGGCGUGGACGAGGCGGUCGUGAUGCCAGUGGAGGGCUCGCUGGCCUCGAACUUCUCCGGCGCCUUGCAAGCGCGCUUCCAGGAGCGCAUCGAGCUGCCAAUCUUAAUCUUCGACGAUGUCACAUACCACCCAGAAUACCGCUACUUCGACGUUGAGCUGGUGCUUCCACCGGAGCACUUGAUGGGACACCAGGGCCCUCUGCACCCCUUCGUCACACUUCGGGAGCACGAGACGCAGCAGGCUUGGCUGAUGCCGCAGAAUGUCUACCGCGCCCCCGUGCUCGACAGGCAGGAUGUGCUAAGCACUGCGCGGAUUUAUGUUUGGGACCAUGUCGAGGCGACCGCCCUCAACACCUACUGUCAGGGUGAUUGCCAGCAGUGGCAAGCCAAGACAUUGGUCGGUGACGCGCGGAAUGUGCUGAUCCAGGCGCGUACCUUCGACAACCAACCCAUCACUCCGCCCACAUCCAUACGGCCAGACCCUCACUUCAUCAUCAAGUACUUGCCGAGAGGGGAGGGCAACGAGGAGUCUGUGGGGACCAUCACCACAGCCACUCCGACGAACUUGGUGGGCACAUAUGCUGGUCGCUUUGUUCCGACCCUGGCCGGCAUCUACAAGCUCCAGAUUGAGAAGCCUGUGUCGGGCAUGUUCGCGGAGUACUGGUGGCAUCGGAACAUCCACCGCAACUCCCCACAGCAGCCUGACAUCAGCCGGGUCGACCAUGUCUUGGACUUUUGGUUCCCAGAUGUGGCCACGGCGCCGGCGUUUGUGAGGUGGAAGUUCGUGCUGCACUUUGCCUGCAUCCGCACGGCGCGUUGGCCCUUCAACUUCGGGCACGCCCUGGGGAUCAUUGCCUCUCCAGGCAGCGAGGUGCGAGCCUUCUUCUGGAAUGACGGCUCCGUGACGAAGAGGGUGCCGGAUGAUGUGGUGCCACGGAAGCGUGAGGAGAUGAUCCGGGAGGACUGCAUGCAGGAGGUGCCCUUCUUCAUCUGUAUCGACCUCCUCUUCCAUGACCCCGUGGUGGACCCCUUCGGGUUCUACGCCUUCGAGAUCGAGUGGAGCACGCCGAUGGUGGAUGACAUGGAGGAGAAGAAGCCCACUUCCAUCGAGAUCAUGCUCUAUCAUCAGAACGACACGGACUACUGGGGCUGGUGGCCCAUCAAGCAGGGUUGUCUGCUGACCAGCGGGCUGAAUAUCCAGGGCAGCCCCUUCGAGGACUUCCAGGCCAUCAGCGGCAGUGCACGCCCAGACUUCUCCUCGGUCUUAGCGCUACCGUACAGCACCGUUACGAUGUCGGUCAUUGUGGAUAGCCUGGCGGAGGUGCGGAUUGACCUCCGAGACAUCCUGGGGCAGCCGGUGGUCGGAGGCGGCAUGCUGCGCAGUCUCAGCGCGCGGCUCUACACGUUGCAGGGCGUGAAGGAGAUGGACCUGACUGUGCGGUGGAGUGCUCUAGGGUACUAUUCCGCUGCUUGGACGCCGCUCCCUCCCGACCCUAUCUACAAUGACGAUGUCAGCACUGGCCGCUACUACCGGCAGCUCAUCGUUCUGCUGGACGGAAGCCAAAUACAAAACUCACCCAUGUCAGUCGAGAUCCUGCUGGCUGUUUCUGACGAAGAGCAAUCGUACAUUGAAGCCGGCGACUACACGCCCGCCCAGGCGGGCGAGCCCGUGUGGUUCCAGCUCCGCUCGGCCACCUUGGCAGGCCGCCUGCGUGUCACGGGCGGAGAUACGUACGAGGUGUACUUCGAGGGCCCAUCCCACGACCCACUGGGCGCCGAGGAUCAGUUCCGCGGCACCGUGAUCGACAACUUCAACGGCUCCUACACUGUGAAGUUUGAGAUCCAGAGGCCGGGACGCUACCGCAUGCGGAUCUUCUUGAAUGGCCAGGAGAUCGGUCCUUCGAAGUUGGCGGGAUCUCCAUACAGGGGCAUCUUGAUCUGGGACGACAUCAGCGCGGAGCUCUCAACUGCGAUUGGUCUGGCAGCCCUGCGCAGAUAA